GAUCUGGACUUCACCUUCAUCAACAAACUGAAAGCUUAACGCAGUUUUUUUUUCCUGAACCGACAUGUCGAGACAAAGCAGUAGAGCAACAGACCCUCGUAAAAUUAGUCAAGAGCUGUUUACUCUCACGUAUGGCGCCCUUGUGGCCCAACUUGUAAAAGACUACGAGAGCGAUGAGGAAGUCAACAAACAGCUUGAUAAAAUGGGUUAUAACAUCGGCAUUCGUCUUGUGGAGGAUUUCUUAGCACGGUCCGGUAUUGGUAGAUGUAAUGAUUUCAGAGAAACAGCAGAUAUCAUUGCCAAGUCUGGAUUCCGCAUGUUUCUUGGAGUGACUCCGAGUGUUUGUAACUGGAGUCCUGCUGGUGAUGAGUUCUCUCUCCUGAUGGAUAAUAAUCCUUUGACUGACUUUGUAGAACUCCCAGAUGAUCAUAGUAACCUAAACUACUCUAAUGUCCUGUGUGGUGUCAUAAGGGGUGCUUUGGAAACGGUUCAAAUGGAUGUGAGCGUGAGGUUCGUCCAGGAUACACUUAAAGGGGACAAUCAAACGGAGAUUCGUGUUAAAUUCAUCCAGAGGUUAGAAGAUGCUUUACCAGCUGGAGAGGAAUGAACCCCAAACACAUCUCUUGUGUAUAAAAGACUGUGUAAAUAUAUAAAUAUAACCAUGAAGAUAUGAUAUCAUUCCGUAUUAUGAGUGUAAUACACACAGUGAGUAUGAGACCCUGUUUAAAAAUUGGAAAAGCUAAUGUGUAAUACACACACAACAUAAUAACCAACGUUUAUAAUCAUGUAGAGUUUGUAAAGUGCUCAAAAGUGCCAAUUGUUUUAGUCAGUUGGCCAUCCAGCACACAUGUAUUUUUUCAAGUAAUUUAUACCUGGGAGACUUUUCAUAACUUAGUCAUUUG